AUGCAAAUGAGGACAACUAGAAGGCACAAAUGCCAGAAGCGUUAUGAUCGUAAGAAAACAAAAGCCAGCAGCGUUCGGAGGAAUCAUAUUUACAUAUAUAUAUAUAUAUAUAUAUAUAUAUAUAUAUAUAUAUAUAUAUAUAUAUAUAUAUAUAUAUAUAUAUUCUGUUUAAUCCAUUCUGUCCAUAUCUAUCUAUCCCAUUCUGUUUAUAUCUAUCUGUCCCUUUCUGUCCAUAUAUAUCGAUAUUAUUCUAUUCAUAUCUAUCUAUCUAUCUAUCUAUCUAUCUAUCUAUCUAUCUAUCUAUCUAUCUAUCCCAUUCUUUUUAUAUCUGUCUAUCCCAUUCUGUUCAUCUAUCUAUCUAUCUAUCUAUCUAUCUAUCUAUCUAUCUAUCCCAUUCUUUUUAUAUCAGUCUAUCCCAUUCUGUUCAUAUUUAUCUAUAACAUUCUAUUGAUAUCUAUCUAUCUAUCUAUCUAUCUAUCUAUCUAUCUAUCUAUCUAUCGAUCUAUGCUAUGCUAUACAAUACUAACUGUAUACAUGGACAUGGAUAUGUGCUUGCUUAUAUGGUUGCGUAUGAUAUCGAUGUGUAGCGUACGGUUCUAUAUGUCUGUCUGUCUGUCUGUCUGUCUGUCUAUCUAUCUAUCUAUCUAUCUAUCUAUCUAUCUCUAA